AUACUGGCCUUGAUCAUGGGAUGCAGCGAGAUUGUCACACAUCAUUGCCCAACAGAAGCUUUCAGAGGCAGCCCAGGUUCCUGCUGGCUCUGAGUGGCACCGUCAUGACAGAGGGGUGUGCGGGUCAGAGUUUCUCCUCCAGCCUGGGACCCACAGUGAGAAGCUACGGGAGGCGGGGUCCUGGCAGCUGCCUGUAGGCACCAGCGAGUGAAGUAGGGGGAACUAGAUGUUUGUCGUGAGCCACUGAGAGGUGGAAGCUGUCACUGUGGUACAGCCGAACAAGAUAAAACCUCUGCUACCUCCAACACCUUCACCUUCAUCAUCACCAUUACUGUCACCACUGCCAACCACACCAAUGGCUCACUAGGAGCCAUUCCCAUCCCCUCCUCAUCAUACCUGCACCAUCACUGCCAACCACAACACAGGCUCACUAUUACCAUCUCCUCUGGCAUGACCAUCACCACCACCACUACCAUCAUCAAUUACUCUCAAGCACAAGCCUUGCUGCUGUCACAACCAUCAUGAUCAACUCCACCAUCACCCAUAAUUACUCUCCCCCUCACCCCCACCAUGACCAUUACCUCCACAUCAACACUACUCCCAUGGUCACCUCUACUAUUUAAUGACAUCUUAUCCAUCUCCAUGGACACCCACCGUGCCUCUCCCCACCGGCACCACAGUCAACAGCAGUGCCUCUCCCACUGCCACCACCAUCAUGGAGAACUGUGCAGGGCAACAUCUUUCUCCCGCCCCAGGGACAAGCCUGCAAGGGACAGCAGGUGCUAAAUGCUAACAGAGACAUAGUGACAAAAAUCCAGCCACAGAGAUAAAGAAUCAGGUUCAUCUGUAGCUAUAUCCAGUGGAGAAGUUCUGCUCUUCAACUCCUCUGCUAAGCCACAUGUGUCAGCAGGUGUAGAAUUGAGUGGAACACUUCUUUGGAUUUGCUGUCUGCUGCAGCCUUGGCCCUGGUUUCACACCCCCUCCCUCACUGACUUGCUGUGUGACCUUGAGCACUGCGUGUCUCUGAGCCUGGUUCAUCCAAGUGUUUACCGAUGGCCCUCGUGUGCCAGCCACUGUCGUAGACAGGGACAGACUUUCCUGCCUUUGUGGAGCUUACCACGGAAGACCUGGCCAGAUAAUGGGCACAAAAAAAGCAGGCUCUUUUCCCCACCCCAGCCUGCCUGAACCCCACCUUGGCCUCCUCUUGCCUCAGCCACUGCCCAGCCAUCGGCCGAGUGGACAUACCCAGGAGGCCCUUGCCCACCUCCCCCACCACGGCCACAGACCUUUGUCACCCACCAAGGCUGGAAUCCCAUGGCUGAUCCUGCCUCUGCCUUUUGGCUCCCGGGACUCAGCCCACACCACCUGGGUCACAGAGCAUCCCAUUCCCAUGCACCAUUGCGGCCGCCUCACCGGCAGGGGCAGGCCCAUAUGCCCAGCUUUGCCUGGUGCAGAGCUGGGGGCGGGGGUAUGCCCCGCCCCGGGAGCUGAUGUCAUAAAAGGAGCUCUGGAGGGCAGCCCACCCUGGCCUGGCCCCACAGCGGCAGUGUCCCUCCCCUCCCCCCACUCCUCUCAGUGGGGGCUCCUCCAGUCCCUGAGAACUGGUACUAUGAAAAGGUGAACUCCUGGGCAGAAUCUUGCCUGGAGCUUGCGGAGUCCAGCCAGGCCCCUGCUGAAGGGCCCCAGACCACCAGCCACUUCUCCCCUGUCCAUCUGACCAGCUGGGCCCCUGCGCCCACCUGGCCUCCACAUCCCCUCUCCUCUUACCCACACCCCUGGCCAUGGCUAACUACUACGAAGUGCUGGGUGUGAAGGCCAGCGCUUCCCCGGAGGACAUCAAGAAAGCCUACCGCAAGCUGGCCCUUCGUUGGCACCCCGACAAGAACCCUGACAAUAAGGAGGAGGCGGAGAAGAAGUUCAAGCAGGUGUCUGAGGCCUACGAGGUCCUGUCUGACUCCAAGAAGCGCUCCCUGUAUGACCACACCAGCUGUGACAGCUGGCGGGCUGGUGGAGGGGCCAGCAUGCCCUACCACAGCCCCUUCGACACCGGCUACACCUUCCGUAACCCUGAGGACAUCUUCCGGGAGUUUUUCGGUGGCCUGGAUCCCUUCUCCUUUGAGUUCUGGGACAGCCCAUUCAAUAGUGACCGUGGGGGCCGGGGCCAUGGCCUGAGGGGGGCCUUCUCGGUGGGCUUUGGAGAAUUUCCGGCCUUCAUGGAGGCCUUCUCAUCCUUCAACAUGCUGGGCCGCAGCAGGGGCAGCCACACCACCUUCUCAUCCACCUCCUUCGGGGGAUCCAGCUCUGGCAGCUCGGGGUUCAAGUCGGUGAUGUCAUCCACCGAGAUGACCAAUGGCCACAAGAUCACCACCAAGCGCAUCGUGGAGAACGGGCAGGAGCGCGUGGAGGUGGAGGAGGACGGGCAGCUCAAGUCGGUGACUGUGAACGGCAAGGAGCAGCUCAAAUGGAUGGACAGCAAGUAGGCGCCGGCCACCCGGCCCUGCCUUCCCACAGCCAGCACCGUGCACAGGGCAGCAAACACAUGGGGCCACAGACACAGCCCGAUGGUUAAUAAAUGUGCCAAGUGAGUUCAUGGAA